UUCCCGUGUUUUGCCAUGGGAGGUGGAGGAAAAAGGCUUGUCCGUGAGUCAACACUGAAAAUGUGAUUAGGAGGAACUGCUUUCACUAAUCUGUUUCUAACCUUUUAGUCCAUGUUGGCCUGUGACCCCUUUCAGCUUUCAGAUCGAGUCUGAUUAGACCACAACACUGGUCUCCCUAUGGAAGCAGCUGUUUCUAUCUGGCACUGAGAUCCCAUGGAGACGCUGAGGAGGGGGAUGGCUCUUCAUAUCCAUGAAGCCUGGAUACUUCUGUUUGUAAUCCCUGCUUUGGUCACUCCAGCUGCCAUCAAUCAUGAAGACUACCCCGCCGAUGAAGGGGACCAGACCUCCAGUAAUGACAAUCUGAUCUUUGAUGACUACCGAGGGAAGGGCUGUGUGGAUGACAGUGGCUUUGUGUACAAACUGGGAGAACGUUUUUUCCCGGGACAUUCCAACUGUCCCUGUGUCUGUACUGAGGAUGGACCUGUUUGCGAUCAACCGGAAUGCCCUAAAAUCCACCCAAAGUGUACAAAAGUGGAACACAAUGGAUGCUGUCCAGAAUGCAAGGAAGUGAAAAACUUUUGUGAAUAUCAUGGGAAAAAUUACAAAAUCCUGGAGGAAUUUAAGCCCUCGCCAUGCGAAUGGUGUCGCUGCGAGCCCAGCAAUGAAGUUCACUGUGUUGUAGCAGACUGCGCAGUUCCUGAGUGUGUCAACCCAGUCUAUGAACCAGAACAGUGUUGUCCUGUCUGCAAAAAUGGAAUUCCUGAAAUGGCCAGAUUUUAAGAUUGCAGUUAAAACCCCUUCAGUCAAAGUCUAUGCAAUAUGCUGAUUGAUUGUGCAGAUGCAAGUUGAAUGUGACCAGCCAAGAAGAAGAUGUAUCCCCCACACCGGACUUUGCUGGACUCCACGAUCCUCUUCAUCGGUCCCGGAGACCGAAGCCAGUGGCGUAGUGUAGCCGCAUCACCCUUCUUCGUUCUUGGUGGAUCAAGUAUUCAUGGCAGCCAGCCAGCUUUUUGGGUACUCAGUUGACCCCACCACCACCACCUCAUCCAGAUGUCAGGCUGAGGGGUCACGGGAAGGACCUGCUCCUCUUCGGGCAGUACUUGCCCAGCGCGUGGGGGCUGGCGGUUGUUUCACAGCUGACGCCUUAGUGCUGCUGUGCUGAUGCAGCGAUGCCACCCCAAAUCAUGAAUCGGCUUCCAUUUUUGCAGAGCCUGUAGAAGCCACCUUAACAUUGCGAUGACAGACCCCAGUGCACCGAGGCUUCAUGGCCAGCUAUGAAAAUCAAUGGUUUUGGAAGGCUGAGACUACAAAGGAUGCAGUUUUGAUUGUUUGUCAGCUAAUGUUCUUUGUGUUUACCAACAGGAAUGUAAACUGUGGUGCCCUAUUAGCUCGAUUAAAGGAGUGAUUUGAUUACCAACAGAGGAAAAAAAGGAUUGAUUUAAAAGCUGGUAGAAGAUCAAGACUGAAAACAAGGUGGUAUAUUUGGGCCAGGCAGUCACCGACCUGACAAAAUACUUCAGUACUUGCUUUGCUGUUCCUUGAAAAAAGAAGUCAUUUCACUGAAAUUUAUUUUCGGUGGAGCUCGUUCACCUCCAUCACUUCGGGCCAAGUGGUUAAAGGCAUGUAGAUGCUGAACUUGCUGAUGAGAGUUAGGUAUGUAAGCAUCUGUCAAGAGCUAACCCCUCCAUUGCUUUUGGAAAUCUCCCACAGUUGGAUUAUCCGGAUGCUUAAAAGCCCUGCUGCCUCAAGACUAUGACCUGCUCGUUGUGGACACAGCUGUUGGAAGAGUCAUCUAAUAACAGUGAAAAGCUUUGGAAAGGUAUAUAGAGGUUAAACCUUCCAAAAUUAGCCAUCCUGGUGCUGGAUAGCAUCAAGGAGGGCUGAGCUGAAUCUGCCACCUCCUGAAGUUUAGAAGGAGAGACUAAAAGAGGCAAGGGAGAGGAAAAGCCUUUAGAGAACAAAAAAGACACAAACUGAACAGCGCUUAAUGUGAUUAACUCUAUCACACAGCUCAGUGCUCACACAAAGUGGGAGCUGCUGGACUGUGUAGCGUCAGAGUGACAGGGACGCUGCCGGGAAAAGCUCAAUUCAAAGAGUGCUGCGGUAGGGAGCCAGCGGGACAGCAGCUCCUUUUGACCCGACUGCAUGCUCACAGGUCAGCUAAUGCUUCCUGAGCAUUUGUGGUCUCUUCCUCUGCCCAGGAAGCAAGAAAAGGAUAAUUCACAUAUUAAACAAGGCAGGAGAAGACUCUGCCAGACAGCCGAAAGCCAGGCAGGAGCUGAAAGCCAUUAUCCUGAAUUUGUACCCCAGGUCCUAACCAUGUUUCCAUGCUUCCACCCCAGCAGAGUUCAAAAUUAAUGUCUACAGGCACCCUAAAGAGAAGAGUCGGGGAGGAUUAUGAGAAACCAUUUGUUGGAUGGGACUUGCUCCAAAGCUCUCAUUAAGCGGACACAGCUCGCAGAGAUGUGGGAAACAUGUUACAUGGUCUGCAUUGCUCUUUAAACUCAGAAAUAUUUAUGAAGAAGCAUCUGCUCAUCGGUGAUUGUUUCCCCUUGGGAGAAUGUUGCUGAAAUUUGUGUGCACAAGCCUAUGGCAGUGGUAGUUCAAGAUCCACUAGCAUCAUGAUAGUGUAUUGUAGAAGAGGGAGUUGGUUUGGGGUUUUUUGGGGGAAAAAGUUCCUGGAUUCAGGUUGGGAAACCAGGUUCCCUUGGCAGAACACAAGCAGCCCCGGCAGUACUGAAAUUAAAGCAGGUGUGGUGUUGCUAUUCCCCACCUGAUCAGAUUCUUGGUGUAACUUAAAAGACCAAAAGUGACAUUAUUAUCCAAUUACAUUGCUGUAAACCAUUUUGCAGCGAGAAGCCUAAAGCCAAAUCCUGAGUCUGUGUCACUUGGUGUAAUGCCGGCAGCGUUGGUUUAUUCUGAUCUACUCCAGCUGAGGAUCUGACCUGCAAGAGCUAAUAGUCUUUGUGUGACUCAUAGGCAAAUUGCAGGAGACUGGGGUGUUUUGCAUGGUCAGGCUUUCUAAAAGGAUUAGAUAUGGGUUUGCUUUUGCUGCUCUAGAAGGUUGGGAUUAUUAAGCAUAUCUGUACGAGAAGAGUGGCAGACACUGUCUUCAUGUAUUUCUAAUUUAAUGAAUGUUUAAUGCUUCUUUUAUUGGAGCCUACAUAUAUGUAGAGUAGAGGACUUUAACAAGGGGUUGACUUACGUCAAAUAAUUGAUGUUUGAGCUGCUCCUUUUACAUGAAAUGCAGACUUUACAGAGCAAAGAAACUGUAAUGAAAAUAUGAAUUAAAGAUUAGAGCUAAGCAAGUCUGAGAAAACACAGAAUUAAAAAAGGCACUUAGAAGUUUUCUCCUCCUGCUUCCUUUCCUUCCCUUCACCUUUUCUAUGUCUCCAUCCUCUCUGCUCCUUUGGUAGAGUCCUGCAUUUCAGCCACAGCCUUCUGUCUCUUCUACAUCUAUGCACCUCUGUGAAGGAAAUCAGUGCAGUAAUGUCAUUCUGGGUACUACUGUAUGUUUGCACAUCAGCCUAACCUGUGACGCUUGCCAACUCACCAGUGAUUUCAACUGGAGAGACUAAAAAGUAUUUUUAAGGUGCAUUUUUCUUCAUCUCUAUCCCUGAUUUGCUGAUGGAGUGCAUCUCCUGGGCAGAAUGAAAAUAAGUGCAAGUUUGGUAGAACCGUUUGCCAGAGACCCACAGUUUGUUACAGCACGUCCGGGUGAGGGUGAAAGACCGUUAUUUAUAUGUGGCAGCGAUACUGCUGUGUGACAGUGGUCGAGCUGUGCUGCCUGGAGGAGGUUCCUGUAGGACAGGCUUGAGGCUGGUACAGUGCCAAGAAUGCCAUCAGAUAUUGCCGGUCCCUGUUGCCCAGAGAUGCUCUUCUGCCCAUAAACAUCAGCAUCCAUUUCCUUCCACCCCCUUGGCCCACCCCUCUUGGUUAGCUGUCUUCAUGCUCUGGCUUUCCACGGGUGCUUUCAGCUCUCAGUGCAGGUCUAUGAGCUCAGCACCACGGCAUCACUCCUGCUGCCUGAGGCUUUUCUCGCCUCAAUUCCUGCAGCACGUGCUGCAAAGAGCUUGGCUGGUUGGGGAUAAUUUCUUGCUUUCAGUGUUUGUGUUUAGAAAAACCUUCUGCAGUGUUGAUCUGAAUUCAUACCUAAGACUGAAGAGCUUAGGCUUGGUCAUCAGCAAAUAAAAGCCCAGUGGAAAAGAGGCGAGGAUGUGGUUUUCUUUGCUCUGGCUGGUUGGGUUGGUGUGAUUCGGUUCCUCACACCUCUGGCCAUAUUGGUACAGCUGAAUAAAGGAGGGCUGGGCAGACCACAAUGGGACCCUGAUUGUCAGCACUUUGUAAAGGGUGGCACAUGUAAGUCGCAGCAGUCAGCCAGUGCUGUUUUAGCAGGCUCUGUGUGCUCCACCACCCAGCCGUGUCUUCACCCCAACCCCAAGGCAUGUACGGCACCCUUGGUGCUAAGGGACCAU